AUGCGUUCAGGUGCAGGAACUUUUCUUUGUGCUCCACGAGCAUGCAGUACUAAUCCAGCACAAGCGGACCAAGCACAUUUCCUGAAAGAUGAAGUAUUUGACAAUCACAUUCCACUGCAACCUCCUUCAGGGCCAACAACUUCAACGGGUCAUCUGCUGACGCCGUCAUCGACGCCUACGGCGCAGCGCAAAAAUCGACGGAUCUCCAAUUUGUUUAGACCAAAGGAUCAUGGCCACGAGGACAAGUCGCAUCGCUCAACAAUCGACGUCAACAUGGGUAUGGGGCGAACAAUCCCGGUGAAGCAGGGUCAUUUGUACAAACGAAGCAGCAAAACACUGAACAAGGAAUGGAAGAAGAAAUACGAAUAUAUGGAAAAAGAUGCCAGUGGUAAAGAAGUUUUCUUGGGUUUGGCAACAGUUCGGGUUGCUGGACGUCAAAAGCCACGAAAUACUCACCGAACUCAAACUCAUGUGCUACCUGGUCGAGAUUUGCAUAACAAUAAAAAUGCAGGGACUAAGCAACGAGAAUCACUUGAUCCGCGACUGGCACUUAGCAUUGCGAGUGCUUGUGACGCAUCAACGGGCCAGGAUAACAAAGCAUUCACCGAUGAGCCAUGUACUAAUGGUGAAGGAACAUCCGGUGGCAGUGACGAUCAGCAGCAACAAGCUUUGGCAUCAAGUACCAGCAGCUCAUUGAUGACAGCACCUGUGACAACUUCCGCGAGCAGCGCCAAAAAAAAGAAAGGCCACCGUCGGCUUGGAUCGGCUGUUAAAAAUGAUGAAGAAGAUGAUUGUGAGUUUGAAAUUGUGACCUGUGAUCAGAAGCGCUGGGAGUUUUCGGCAACAUCGCCGGAAGAGCGUGAUGAGUGGGUUGCUGCCAUCGAAGAGCUGAUUGGAAAAUCACUGCAAGCUCAGAUGAGCCAAAAGCAAAAUGGUCGCUUGCAUGGAAACAAAACUGAGGUGCAAGCUUUGCGACAAAUUCCUGGCAACGAGUACUGUGCAGAUUGCGGUGCACCGAAACCGGAUUGGGCUUCGCUCAAUUUAGGAACAUUAAUCUGCAUCGAGUGUUCCGGCAUUCAUAGAAAUCUUGGUUCGCAUAUUUCAAAAGUUCGCUCGCUGGAUCUCGAUGACUGGCCGUAUGGGAGCACUCUGUGA